AUGACGAGUACUAUUGGCAUCCCGAUCAAGUUGCUGAACGAGGCGCAAGGCCAUGUUGUCACCCUCGAGAUCACCUCCGGUCAGGUCUAUCGCGGCAAGCUCCUCGAAGCUGAGGACAACAUGAACGUCCAACUGAAAGAUAUUACGGUUACUGCGCGCGACGGACGUGUCAGCCAUCUCGACCAGGUCUAUAUUCGCGGCUCGCACGUUCGAUUUUUCAUCGUCCCCGAUAUGCUUCGAAACGCACCUAUGUUUAGAAGCCGAGGCGUAAAGGGUAGAGGUGUUGGAUUGGCAAGAGGAAGAGCUACGGUCAGCAGAGCAAGAGCUAGUGGGCGAGGAGCACCAAGGGGUUGA